AUGAGCUGGAGAAAUAUCAACGCCAUCAUCGAUGGAAAGCUUUUCUUGGGAACUAUCGACGCUGCGAUAUCUCCCCGGACCCUGUCGGAUCGGCGCAUCACCCAUAUCGUCUCUGUUGGGUCGGAGCCCAUACCUGCGGAUAACCCAGCAUCCGGGUUUAGGCAUCUGCGCAUCCCCGUCGAGGAUAUCGGUCAUGCGGAUUUGUUGAUCCAUCUGCCAAGGGCGUGCCGUUUCAUACAUGACGCGCUCAGCACCGGUGGCGUUGUUCUCGUGCAUUGUGUUCAGGGACUGUCUCGGAGCGCCGCCGUGGUCGCUGCAUACUUGAUGUACUCUCGACAUAUUGACGCCACUGAUGCGAUACAAGCCGUUCGGGCCGCUCGCGAGCAGGUUUGGAUUAUCCCCGGCUUCCAGGAACAAUUGGUUCUCUUUGCGCUUUGCAAAUAUGCACCUUCGCCGAACGAAGGCAUAUAUGUUAACUGGCGUCAGAGGAUCAACCGCCAUAUCCAAGAGCAGCAUCGCUGA